AGUCCAAGCCACAGUGUUUCAUUGCUCCAUUUCCAGAGACACAUGGAAAUGGCACAAGUGAUUCAGAAGCAACACUUCGUUCUUGUUCAUGGCGCUGGCCAUGGCGCAUGGUGCUGGUACAAGCUCCGCUAUCACCUUCAGAGCUCCGGCCACAAAGUCUCCUGCUUGGACCUCGCUGGCGCUGGUAUUGAUCCCUCUGACCCCAACUCUCUCCUCUCCUUCAAUGACUACAACCAACCCCUCUCCCAUUUCCUCUCCUCCUUGCCUCCCAAUCACAAGGUGGUUUUGGUCGGGCAUAGUUCUGGAGGGCUGAGUUUGACUCAGGCUUUGCAUGAAUUUGGGGACAAGAUCUCUCUUGCCAUUUUCGUUGCUGCCACAAUGCUUCCAUUUGGGAUCCUCACUGAGCAGGACGCCCGUGAUGUGGUUGCAGAUUUAUCUGAAUAUGGAGAUAUAUGCGAGUACAAUUACGGCAGGGGCCCUGAUGAUCCACCAACAACUGUGUAUUUGAAGAAAGAGUUCCAACGGAAAAUCUUAUAUCAGAUGAGCCCAGAAGAGGAUUCAAUACUUGCUUCAAUGCUGUUGCGUCCAAGCUCAAAAAUAGCCUUCAAAACAGCAAAGUUCUCAGGCGGAGAUGUUGAAAGAGUGCGGCGAGUAUAUAUAAAGACUAUGAAUGAUAGAAUGGUGAAGCCAGAGCAGCAAGAUGGCAUGAUCAGAAAGUGGCCACCAAGUGAAGUUAUGACUAUAAACACAGAUCACAGUCCUUUCUUCUCAGCCCCUGAGGAGCUUUGCAGAUUGAUACUUAAGGCCUCAAACUCCAGCUUAGCAGCUAAAUAAAGCCAUUCUCUAGAGUAGGAACACCCUUUAAGAGAUUUGUGUAGUACUCCUCCUGAUACAUUAUCUCAAUAAUGCUAUUUUAUUUUAUUUAUUUUAUUUUUGAGUUAUUUCAACGGAUCUUUGGCUA